AUGAAUGAAAAAAGAUAUCAGGAAGAAGCCACUAGCAAAGGAGUAAUUAAUUGUCUUUAUAUAUAUUACGAAUUAUCCGAACGAGAAGGAGCCUAUUAUGACGCUCCUUGUCAUUCCAUCUAUAAUGAUAAGAGCAAGAUAAAAAGUUGUCUAAGUAAAGGUGACAGUUUUGCUCUUGGUCUGAGAAGUAUUAAAGAAAAGAUUGACAAAAUAAAAAACGAACCUGAUUUUUACGAGCAAACCUCUUUUCUUACUUUGGCCCAAGAGUUAUUAAAAUUAGUCAAAGAAAAUAAAGUAGCAGUGACUUUCCUCUCUGCUUAUGACAAGAGGUCUUUUCCGAAUGGCGACCCUCGCAAGAGAAAAAUAUUUAGUGAGACUUUUGGCAAAUUCCCUAAUUGUUCCUUAGAAUUGAUUGGUUUUGAUAGUGAAGGUCAAGGUUCCCUUACCAUCAUUACUGGUCCCAUGUUUGCCGGCAAAACUAGUCUGCUAAUUGACAAAUAUAAUCAGUGUAAAAAUUACCAAUCAUGUUUAGUAUUUAAGCCCGUUAGUGAUAAGCGUUAUAGUUUGAAUGAUAUAGUUUCUCACCGCGGAGAAAAAAUCACGGCCAUUUCUAUUACUAAUAUUGCCGAAAUAGAACAAUAUAAAGAACAAGCAGAAAAUAUUUUUAUCGAUGAAAUACACUUUUUUGCGUCUGACGCAGUGCCUUAUUUAGAAGCAUUAGCCCAGCAGGGGAAAAAAAUAAUAGUGGCUGGUUUAGAUUGA